UCCGGUUGUCCCAGCAAUCCGCUACCACCGGCGAAGCGGCCCGGCGCAGUCUGCUCAGGCUGCUCUGCGCGGGCGAGUCGGCCCUUCGCCGGUUCCCGGCGCCCAUGGUCGGCGCUGCGGACCGGGAGGCCGGCCCGACGGCUGCGGCGUGCUGAGAGGGCGGCGUGGGGACGAUGCCGACCCCGCGUGGCUCCUCCGGGCCUUGCCGGCUCCUGGCUCUGGCCCUCGUCCUGCUCUUGCUCCCCGCGAUGAGCGGGUCCGGGGCGGUGCUUUCGCCUGCGGCCAGGGCGGCGCCGGGAUCCGGGCCUCCCGAGCCCGGGCCGCGCACGCUGUCCCCACUGCCUCCGGGCCCCACGGCUGCCCAGCCGCCUGGCCAAGCUCAGGCUGAAGCCGCCGGCCCUCGGGGAACGGAGAGCCGCAAUGGUACCGGCCCCGGGGCGGGGUCUGAGGCGGAUGGCCUUGGAGGAAAGGCCGAGAAAGGCUCCCUUGGUGGCAGCCUGGCUGUGAGCCCCAAUCCUGGCGACAAGCCCAUGACCCAGCGGGCCCUGACUGUGUUGGUGGUGGUGAGCGGCGCGGUGCUGGUGUACUUCGUGGUCAGGACCGUCAGGAUGAGAAGAAGAAACCGCAAAACUAGGAGAUACGGAGUUUUGGAUACUAACAUAGAAAACAUGGAAUUGACACCUUUAGAACAAGAUGAUGAGGAUGAUGACAACACAUUGUUUGAUGCCAAUCAUCCUAGAAGAUGAGUAUGUGCCUUUCAUGAAGAGACUUCAUAUUUCUACUGAAGAACAGCGUUUGUAUGUCUAAGGAAUAAGAAGCCACUCUAUCAACAGGAGGGGAAUUUAAGUUGCACACAUUAUGACAACCGUUAAUUUGUUGAUGCGCAAUAAAUAAUUGUAUCAUUUUGUUA